CACGAUAACAAUCCGAGCCCUCCACGUUAGCAGAUAGCCUGCCCGGCGGAACUCGUAUAAUAGUUUGAUUCGGCCACGGCUGCCCCCAGACGGCCAACUUCAGCAAAUCAAGCUCCAAUUUGCUUCUUUGCACCUCUGUACGGUCGACUAAUUUCUCAUACUACCAAAUACUGUCGACAUUAUGAAUACUAAGGCGGCAAGCCAUGAAUUCGACCUGGUUAUCACCAACGGCGUGUGUGUGACGGCAGGGGACGUCGCUCCCUACGAUAUCGGUAUCAAAGACGGCAGAAUACACCUCCUCGCACCGUCUGGCUCUCUCAAUCGUGCCAACUCCGCCCGCAUCAUAGAUGCCGAGGGCGCAUAUGUUACACCAGGGGGCGUUGAUUGCCACGUCCAUCUCGAAGAGCCUGCCCUUUUCGGCCGGGGUUCUUCUUCGGACACAUAUGAGACCGGAACCCGAUCUGCCAUUGCCGGAGGCUGUACCACCAUCGUUACCUUUGCACCACAGAACAAGGUAGAGCCAUCCUUGCUCAAGGCCUUGGCAAACACGCACAUCAAAGCCAGAGGAAACAGCUACUGCGAUUACGGCUUCCAUAUCAUGGUCGGAAACCCAUCGGAACAAGCCCUGUCAGAGAUGAAGACGCUCGUCGAAAACGAGGGCGUGACAUCGAUCAAGAUCUACAUGACGUACACUGCCCUUCAACUCCGCGACGACCAGAUCCUCUCAGUUUUGCUUAAAGCCCGCCAAACCCGCAUGCUGACCAUGAUCCACGCUGAAAACGGCGACGUGCUCAACUGGUUGACCGACCAACUCGAGUCGCAGAAUCUCGUCGCCCCAAAGUUUCACUCUAGUUCGCGCCCACCAAUCCUCGAGACCGAGGCAACCAACCGUGCCAUUGCCCUGUCUUCUCUAAUCUCCAACACUCCUAUCCUCAUAGUCCACGUCAGCGAGCCUGGUGCUACCCUGCGCAUACGCCAGGCGCAGACCAACGGCCAGCCCAUCUUUGCCGAGACCUGUCCGCAAUACCUCUUCCUCACCCGCGACGACCUGGACGCCCCCGGCCUCGAGGGCGCCAAGUGCGUGUGCUCGCCGCCACCGCGCGACAAGGCAUCCCAGGACGCCAUCUGGACCGGGCUGAGCAACGGCACCUUUACCGUGCUGAGCUCAGACCACUGCCCGUUCAACUACGAAGACGCCGAGCGGGGCAAGAAGACGUGCAUCACCGUAGCACACCCGGCGGGGCGGUUCCGCGAGAUCCCCAACGGUAUCCCUGGCGUCGAGACGCGGCUGCCGCUCGUGUUCUCGUCCGGCAGGCUGCCCCUGACCAAGUUCGUCGAGGUCUCGUCCACCGGCCCGGCCAAGCUCUACGGCCUGUACCCGCGCAAGGGCGCCCUGCUCCCCGGCGUGUCCGAUGCCGACCUCGUCGUCUGGUAUCCCGAGGCCCGACGCCCGGACAUUGUAGUCAGCAAUGCAAUGCUCCACCACGCGACCGACUACACCCCCUACGAGGGCCGCGAGGUCGCCAACUGGCCGCGCUACACGGUGCUCCGCGGGAAAGUCGUCUGGGACAGGGAUGAUGGGGGUGUUCUGGGUCAGAAGACGUUUGGCCAGUUUGUCAAACGAGGGCCGAGCUUGCUGGGCCGGAUUUGGGAAACAGUGGACGAGCAGGGCGAGUUUGACGUGGCGGGCCUCUAAAGCCAAAUCUAACUCCAAGUUUGUCCUUAUCUUCCAUCAGCUUAUUUGAUAAGGGUGCUUGCAAAGUAUCUUGAUAUCAGUAAAUGAAGCGAUGCUAUCAUGCCACCACUCCACGAUCAAC